AUGGCGCUAGAUACCACUGUUACGUCUGGAUUUGAAUUACUCAAAAAAUUGAAAGAAUGGUCAAUACAAAAUAUGAAACAAGAGACUCUAUUAUGUACUAUUGAUGUUGCAGAUCUUUAUACGAUGAUACCACAAGUCGAAGGAGUACUAGCUCUCAAGAAAAUGUUAGACUAUCUCAAACUUAAACAAAUUGGUGGACUAAAAGUAGAAACAAUUGUUCGUUUAAGCCGAUUCGUUAUGCAAAAUAAUUACUUUUCUUUGAGUGGUCAAUUUUAUCACCAAAUACGUGGUGAUGCUAUGGGUUCUCCACUUACUCUUACUAUUUCGAAUUGCUAUAUGUACUUCUACCAACAAGAUAUAGUGAAACAAAUUAGCAAUAGUGGUGAACUCUAUUUCAGAUAUAUCGAUGAUAUCUUUUUAGCAAUCAAUUGGCCUAUUCGACAUUUCAUCAAAAAAGUCGACCGAUGGAAUCAAUUUGAUUCAAAUAUACGAUUAUCUGCCAAUAUUAGUUUACAUGCCGAUUUCGUCGAUUUACAUAUGGAGAAUCAUAAUGGACAAUUUAUUCCCUCGACUGUAAGGAGGGUCAUAUGA